UUUGUAAUCCAACCUGUGCAUUUUACUCAACUACUCAGCAAAGACAAAACAGGUAUGUUACUUGUUUGUCCACUCUGAUAUACAGUAGAAACAUGGUGACCACUGUGAAAGGGGACCUAGUAGAUAUAAAAGACUCACUCAAAGCAAUAACAAAAAUAUUGUAUUUAUAUGUAAUUAUUCAUAAAUUCAAACAUUGGCAAUAAAUUGAGUCAGUCCACUUAUCAGUGAACACCUUUAAAACUGUUAUUGAAGAAAUAACUCCUUUAAGAAGUCACAAGGAACAAGUUAAUGAGAAAUACAUGAACUAUAUUUGUUUUAGUAAUUUAUGUUGAUCAAGAGUAACAAAAAAAUUACAGUUUGUGUGGAUAUUCAGCUCAAAAACACAAUUUUUAAAACAUGUUUACAGCAGCAAAUUUUAUACAGAAAAAUUCACAAUCAGUGACCCAAAAACAAAAGGAACAUUUAUUUUGAUAAAGCAGCUCAUGGUUGCUUUAAAGUAACUUUAAUGGUGCCAUAAUAACGAAAAAAAUGUACAAAAGUUGAUUUUUGUCCCAAGUAAAACCGAGAUGUAGCUCCGUGUUCUUGUUUCCGUGGAUUGAUUAGUACUGUCUGAAGAUAAUCUAUGAAUCGAUUGGCCGUCCUGUUGUUUGUAUUGCUAACGGAAGAGUAGGGGUGAUGAUGGCUAAUUUUGGCUCAAACGGAGCCCUAAUGAUGUUUCCUGAAAAAGUGUUAUUAUUAAAGUGUUUUAGUUAGCUCGUCCUGGAUCUCACAGACAGAUAUCCGGGUUUUUCUCUGUUUACAGUCGCUCUCCUCGCUGUGUUUACCCUGCUGCAGAUGCUAAUAUCAGUAUCAUGUCAUAAUAAUGGAGUCUCACUGUGAUUACUUCAUUUAUUUCCCCGCUGCUCCGGUACCGGGUCUCUCUCAGCUGUCAGAGAUUAGGUCACUCCCGCGGCGUAAACAGGUCUACCUGGGGGAGACGGUCCAGGUGCUGCUGGUCCUAAAGUUCCGGGAGGACAGCUCCGGGUCCUGGAGGCACCUGGCGAGGUCUUUGGCCGCCGUGGGGAGCGUGUGUGCCGCAGAAACCCGACAGUGGAGACUUGGGGAGGAUGAACCGGAGAUCCAGACCUCCAGCUGCAGCGAGGAUGAGGAGGAAGAGGAACCCGGAGACAGGGGGGAUGGGACCCGGACCUUCAUUGACUGCCGCCCGCUCCUCAUGCACAGCAACCUGGCCAGAGAGAGGCGAAAGGCCGGGGGGGAACCGGUCGAGGUGAGAGGGGUGAUGGGGGCUGUAGGGAGUCAGAUAACUCACGAUAAGAUACAAUGUGACUGAGUGAUUUAAUCUUAAUCUUUCCUUCUAUUCCCUUUCCUUUCCUUUCCUUUCCUUUCCUUUCCUUUCCUUUCCUUUCCUUUCCUUACUUCUUAGUUCCUGUCCUUUCUUUUCCUUCCCUUUCCUUUCCUUACCUCUUCUUUCCUUUCCUUUCCUCUUCUUUCCUUUCCUUACCUCUUCUUUCUUUCCUUUUCUUACCUCUUCUUUCCUUUCCUUUACUUUCUUUACCUCUUCUUUCUUUUCCUUUCCUUGUCUUACCUCUUUUUCCCUUUCUUUUCCUUUCCUCUUCACCCCCUUUCUCUCCUUACCUUCCUUUCCUUUACUUUCCUUUCCUGCACUCUACUGUACUCUACUCUACUGUACUCUACUUUACUGUAGUUCCCCUUUUCAGAGGGGAACUGCUUUAAGCGCUGCCAGAAAUAGACGCAGAGGCCAGGGGGAGCACAUUUGUGUGUUAGUAAAGCAGAGGGGUGUAUGAGGAGAAAUGCUGAUAUUCUGGGCAGGCCUCAGCAAACAGGAGAGGAGAAACUUUUUUUUAUUGUUUCAAUUUGGUUUUUACAUUUUGAAGUGUGUAGAAUGGUUUAGUUAAAUAAAUGUGAUGCAGACUCAAAUUAGCAGGAAAUGGUGUUUAUGAAUCAAGAUUUCAAAACCACUGAAGAUAUUCCUGCUGAAACUUAGUUUGUUUGUAAAAAGAGGAAAUAGAAUGUAUUCUCUCUGCCCGACUGCAUCUAUUUAUAACGUGUUCUUCUGUUGUUUUAAGUGUUCUGCAGCUCUCUAAUACCAUGUGAUUAAUUUGUAUUGCUGCUGCCUUAGAUCUUAAUGACACCACCAAAUAACAAAACUGAGUCUGUAGACUGCUGCAGUCCGCAUCCAGUGGUUGUAUGUCAAUUCUUGCCCCUGAAAAGAGAACAUUAUAAAAAUGAACAAUGUCAAAUUAUGAUUUUUUUCUGAAAUAUUUAAAAAUCACAGAAUCUUUAUCAACCCUGAUUUUCCCCCGACUGCAUCUCUAAAAACACACACAAACACACACACUCAGUCCAACAUGAGAGACCAAAAGUGAAGAUCCUCGAAAAUCCAGCAAAACGCGGGUUUCGAAAAGUUAGAAAAUCCACAGAUUCAGCUGAUAUGGAAGAAGAGUGAGGUUCAUCUCAGAGUUCAGGAGCCAAAAUAGAAGAUGGACAGUCACCUGGAGUUUUAAGUUUUUGAAAUGGUGGCACCAAAAGAUUGUGGUCGGAUGGUCUGAGAGGCUGUUACAUACAGAAAGCAGAGGUAGAGCCUGCUGUUGCACCGGCCACACUGAAGUCCUAAACUAUGAUUUGUUUUUUACCCUGUCAGGAGCAGAAGUUUUCUUGAAAUCAGCUGUUUGGUUUGUAAUUAAGAAGCUGCUUCUUUGCAUUUCAGUGUAGAAAAUUCUCAUACGUUGAUUCUAUAAAUGUUGACUUUUGACUUACACCUCCCUUUUACAGAGGAAAAGAAUUGAUUUGCAGCAUCUUCUCUCUCCUCUCAGUUGUGUUUCCUUUGAAAGUGAAACAAUUUUUCAUUUCGUUUUAUUCCAAAACUCUAGUAUAAGUAUAUAUACAAGGAUAAAACAUUUAUAGGAAUAUCUUGUGUAAGAAGUUGAAAUAGAUGUAAUUAGUGGCGAUAGUCCUCCUUAAUAAAGGGUCAGCUCCUAAUCUUUAUACACAUGGUCCCCCCAGUCUAAAGUGUCUGCCUCCCUCCUGGUUGUGAGGGGUCCAGCGACUUUGAGACAUUAAAGUGCUGAACCAUCACCAGUCAGUGUAGUGAGGCUGAUGUUGGACUGAUAUGAAACCUGUGAUGAGUCCUUAUUGAGACUUUUUGUGCAGUUUGAAGGCGUGUCAGAGUGAACUGAUGUUGGCAGGUUGGAGGAGAUUGUGAAAGUCAAGUUGGGAGAAGAUUAAUGUAUGAAUGUGAAGUCCAAAGUUGAUGACAGUUAUUAAAAAAAAAACAAAAAAACAAUGAAAUAGGAAUAGUUUUGUUGUUUGUGAGGGUUUGACUUCUCCUUUAAAGCCUUUAUUUGCUUUUUGCUGAAUCUGCUCUAACACAGUUUCUGCUGAAGGAGAGGUUUAUCUUCACACUCUCUGUCACAGCUGCAUAUUUAUAGAGUCAGAGGAAACCUCUAAAUACCAGACCGGAGACCAACCCACUCAUCAUCACUUAUUUAUCUGUCUCUCUGAUACAAACACCGUCAGAUUUUACUCUGCCUGUUGCACCAUCUCCGAGUUCUGGAUAAGUUCAGACUUGACAGAAUAUUCACAGGGAGGAGGUCCACAGGCGUCUGCAGGUUUCAAGACACAGCCUAUGAAAGUGCAACCACAUGGGGUUGCCGAGGGGACAAAGUUAGACUGCUUCAAGCAAAACUGUGCCGAUACAUGAAGUGAACUAUUACGUUAAUCCUUCAGGGGCCAACAGCCAAGUCUUUUGUUAUAUGCAAAUCUGCAAGAAGGGCCGCCUUAUAUGACGAUAUUUCUAAAACUUGAAGACUGAUUUUGCUCGAAGCCCCACCAGCUCAGAGAAGUUCAUUUAAACUAGUGGUUCUCAAGUCCAGUCCUCGAGGCCCACUGUCCCUCAUAUUUUGGAUGUUUCCCUGCUCCAACACACCUGAUUCAAAUGAUCAGCUCGUUAUUAAGCCAUUACAGAGCUUGAUAACGAGCUGAUCAUUUGAAUCAGGUGUGUUGGAGCAGGGAAACAUCCAAAACAUGCAGGACAAUGGGCCUCGAGGACUGGACUUGAGAACCACUGCUCCAAAGUGUUAAAUAAUUUUCUUUGCAUUAAUGUUUGAGGAGUAGAAAGACUUAAAAACAAACAAAUAUGAAAGGCUUGAACUGAAAUAAGACCACACGUCCUGACACAUAGAAUAUUAUAAAACAUCAAAGUCAGGCAUUGAGCAAAAAUGAUAAAACUGAGAAGAGCUCACUUCUUACACAAGGAUGUAUUAGCUGCUUUUUGUGUUUGUAUUGAGGUGUAAUUGUAAACUGAAGAUCCUUUUUGUUUCUGACAGCUUAAAAAGACUCGACUGAAGCUCCUUUUUCCUGAUCUUUGUCAUUUUUUAGACUCAAUAGUAAUAAAAACAUGCAAAUAAACGGAUACUAACUUGAGCUCUUUCCUAUUUUUAACCAAAUGAAGCUCUUUAACUUAUCCUUUGUGUCGUCCUGCAGUCUCCUCUGGUGUUGGACGAUCAGGUCGUCUUCUGUCUCACCGUCUCUUUGGACAAACUUCCUGUCAACACGAUCAAAGCGAAGGUCAGACACACUUGCACAGACUGUGAUAAAUGAAUCAGUCUUAUGUUCAGUCAAUGUUCUGGGCUUUAUUCAAUGUGGUGUGCUUUAAUUGUAACUCACUCAGUGUGUCGCCUCACUUGAUUGUUUGUUUUGCUUAUUUUAUGGUCUGAUUUUUAAAUAUUUGAUGAGUGCUGCUUCAUGUUCGUGCUGCUGCUGCAUGCUUCAUGUAGUUUAUUUCUGUGACUAAACACCAGCUCGCUCUACAUAUUUCAUGUCUGCUGCUCUUUACUGCUGCUAUUGCUCCUUAUUUUUUAACCUUGCUAUUAUGUUUAUUUGAAACACCCCUUUAAUAAAGCUGGUUAUGAACGUCAGGUGGUGGUGACGGUGUGGAAUCAGGAUGAGGAGGAGGCUGAGGUGAGAGAGCAUGGAUACCUGACCCUGCUGCAGCUCAAGAGCCCGACACACACCUUCAGACAGGACCAGAGCUCUUUCAAGUCUCAGGGUGGGACACACACACACAUCAAACACACACUUUGUCUCUCUCUGCUUUUACACGACCCCUUUAACAACAAUGAUGAGUAAAAUGAUGUGGUUUGUCUUAUUCACAGUCAGCACCUUCCUGAAAGUUCUUCCUCCUCCCAGCGUUCAGUGUCAGCAGAUGACCGUCUCUGGAAAACACCUCACCGUCCUCAAAGGUCCUCCAGAAACUCACAAACACUGAUACACACACACACACAUAGCUUUUAAAAACACUCUUUACUGACUUUAUUUCUGCUACAAACAACCAUUUCUACUGGGAGCCUCAACUCUGAAAUGCAAAGCGGUUUUAUUUGUUAGAAACCAGAAAGUAAGAGUUUGUCAGCAGUUGUUUUCGUUCAGUGUCUGAAGGUGAAAAACAUCAGAGCAGAUCUGAUGCUGGGAACAAACACGUCAAACUUUCUGAGUUUAAAACCAGGUCUGUUUUUGUAGUUGUGUGGCUCUUAGAUAUCAUUUCUUCACAGCUGAACUCUUUGACUGUUUUUCCUCUUCAGUGUUGAACAGCAGCUCUCAGGAGGAGCUGUGUCUCAGAGAUAUGAAGAUUCUUCCAAACUACAACUCGUCCUACCUCCCAAUGAUGCCCGACGGUUCGGUCCUAGUUGUCGACAAUGUCUGGUGAGAACACAAACAUGAUCUUUUCUAAUUUGCAACAUAUUUUUAGUAAGAUUUGGAUUUCAUUUUCAUUGGCCAAAUGAACUAAGUUUAAAUGUCUUUGCUUCCACUUCCCGCUGCAGCCACCAGUCCUCCGAGGUCUCCAUGGCUUCAUUCUGCAGGAUCGACAGCGAGUCAUCACGUUUACCCAGCAUGCUCAGCGCCCUGGAGGAGCAGAACUUUCUGUUUCAGCUGCAGCUACAAAACACAGAGGAGGAAGACUCCAGUGAGGUGAGGGGAUGUGAUGAAGGGCACGUAUGCAUCCUGAAUUUCCAGAGUCAGCUCAAGUGUUGCAGGUUUUUUGAAAUGUCACUAAAGGUCAGGGUGAAGCUCAAAGUUGUGUGGUAACACUUUCAUGGUUUUUGACACAAACUGCAGAUUACUUUUGAUUUGUCAGCUGAGUCGUCGGGGAGAUUUCGAGAAUGAAGUGUGUCGUUCAGAAGCACAGAGGUGUUUUUUUCACGUCCAUCACUGUAGCAGCAUAAAACAGUCACAGUCACGCUGCAGCUGCACGACUCUUUCCAUUUUUAUGAUUCAUGUGUGAAAAAUGUUUUCGAGUUUCUCCUGCAGUUGAAGUGCAUACUCUGUUAUUUUUGUGUCUGAGAGUUUAUACUCUGUGUUUUAGUGGCCUUUAUUUUCCAUUAUUUCAAACAGGAUGAUGCACUUUCACACAGUGCUUCAUGUUAUGUAACAAGAUUAACAACCACACACUGUGAAGAGAUAGAAACUACAGUUUUGAGCUGCUGUUCGUUUUAGAUAGAUUCAAACACGGCUGUGUCUGUCUUCUCAGGCUGGGACUGAUGGUGUUAAAACCUCACUGAUGCAGUUUUAAGAUUGAUCUUAAUGUUCCUCCUCAGGGUUUGGAGGUCCCGUUGGUGGCCGUGUUACAGUGGUACACUCCGACAUUACCGUACACGAGGUAAGUUAAAAUGUCAUGUAAGGCACAUUUUGUUAUUCCACCCAUUUAAAAAUAUAGAGACAGACAGUACUAUUUUUAAAAUAGAUAUUAAUUUAUCAGUCUGUCAAAUGUUUCUCUCAGUGCCAUAGUUUUACCAAAACUGGUACUAAGAGCAAGUCAAACAAAUGAUCCAGAAAGAGGACCAACUAAACAGAAAACCACUAACUAACUAACUAACUAACUAACUAACUAACUAGCAAAAUAACUAACAAAAUAACUAGCUGACUAGCGAACUAACAAACGCACUAACUAACCACCCAACUAACUAACUAACUAACUAACCAACUACCUAGCGAACUAACUAACAAACUCACCAAUGAACAAACUUACUAAGUAACUUACUAGCAACCCAACUAACACACUAAGUAACUAACUAGCAAACUAAUUAACAAAAGCACUAACUAACAAACAUACUAACGAACUCACUAACGAACUAACAAACUAACUAGCAAACUGACUAAUGAACUAACUAGCAAACUAAUUAACAAACGUACAAACCAACUAACUAACUAACGAAGUAACUUAUGAGCAAACUCACACAAACGCAUUAAGUAACUAACUAGCAAACCAACUAACAAACCAGUAACUAACUUACUAGCAAACUAAGUAACAAACCCACUAACAAACAAGCUAACUAACUAGCGAACUAACUAACAAAUGUACUCACUUACUAGCUAACUAACCUACCUGUCCGCUGUAUUUGUCCUUAGUGUUGUCAACAGUUAAACCAUACGAGGACCUGACGUACAAAUGACCUUCAAAAGCAGGAUCCUCAGGGAUCAUCUCAGUACUCUGAAUCAUCUCAGUUCUCAUCAAUAAUCUGAACUCUGUUCAAAAGUUGAGCCUGCUGUUUGAUCCGUUAAAUUAGGAAACAUACUUGAUAACCAGCUAACACGGGGUCACUGACAGCUACACAGUUUAGUUCACAGAUUAAAAAUCCAAAGAGACCCCACUAUGGGCCCCCGAAGUGUAGAUCUGGUCUCAGUUAUUGAUACAUUUGGUUUUAAGAGUCUUGUAUCAGGACUAUGAUAUCCUGACCAGUCUGGACCAACUUUAUCCUCCCCGCUGCAGGACUGAGACGUUUUUUCAAAUGGGCUGGUUUUUGAGAUUCAUCUGAUCCUUUGCUGGAUUAAUUGUUUUGAGCUUCAUGUGAGGUAGAUUUAGCUUCCAGAGGGGCUGAAGGUGUUUUAAUCCCUAAAAACUUUCAUAAAUCUGGAUCCCAUCCAGCAGGAAAUUAAUCUGUCAGAGCUGAUAACAGUCGGCUAUGAGAAGAAAGAAUUUCAGACUACAGGUACAGGACAGGUACAGGAUUUCAGUGUCAGAUCUGGAUCUGAAUCAUCCUCCAUAUUCUGGUGUAUCAGACACACACAGGAGUGACCUCUGCGUCUGCUUUAGAGCUGUCACUAUAAACCAGUAUUGAUGAUCACUGUCUCUUCACAGAGCUGAAAUACACUAAUAACCUUAAUAACUAUACAGUGAUCUCACAUCAACACAUGGAGACGUAUUUGGAGCUACAUCCUCAGAGUUUGCAUCAACAUCCAGCUGAAUAUCUGAAGCUGUUUACGUGUUUUAUAUGUAUGGAUCUUUUGUCCUGGUAGAUCAACUGGUUGCAGAGCUGUGAUGUUAUAUUUGCAUCAUCAUGAAACUCAAACACUAAAACAAACUGUGUCAGAGUUUCUCCUGCCACCACAAACCCAAACAUUUGCCCUCGAAACUUAUCAAGCAUCCUUUUAAGACCCAGUUUGCUUUUCUCUUCAGGUUUAUCUCCAGUUGUUACUUUUUGCCGAGUAUCCACCUUGAUCGCCCUCGCCUGGUGAUGACUGCGUCCUGUCCUCGAGCGGUCAGGCCUUUGGAGUUCUUCUGGGUUAAAUACACCCUGCUCAAUGACUUACAGGACUUCCUGUCCGUCCGACUCAUCUGGAACGCUGAGGGUGAGGCUCUUGUCAAAAACAAACCUCGUUCAGCUCUCAUAGUUUUCAGUGCCAUCUCCACACAAAUAGACCCACCAAAUUUGAUUGACACAUUGAGUACUUUUUCAGUUUCUGUACAGAUGGACUGCAGCUGCUGAACGCACCAUGAACCGACACUAAAGCAGGCAGCAGUCACUUUAUGUUUGAUGUUUUCUGAAAUUUGAGAGAGGGAAUGAUACUGUAGGUAAAAGUCUGCAGAAGCAGGUGGAGUGAGACUAAAUCACUGGACUUCUGUGGUGAAAUGCAUGGACGAAUUAGAUGUACAGUACAGUUAGUCAUGUGGUGUUGUAAUCCUAGCAUGUGACAUGGAUAAUAACUGGGAGUGCCGGCAUUGCUGAGAGUUAAAGUCAGCCGCUCUCAUCCAGCUGGAACACUGCGAUGACCGGGUCCGAGUCCAGAUGUGAAGUUAACAGUGAAAUACGCUCCCAAACAAUUUUUAUAGGAGCCUUUGAGAUGUUUGCUGAAGCCUGAGAUGAUGAAAUCCCAAAGAGCAGGAGUGAAAUACUUGCAGUUCAGAUUUGUGUGUGUGUUGGGACACUUAAAGUUUUUAUAUUGCUGAUAUGGGUUUUUGAAACUUUCCUCCUUUUUCUGUACACUGAAAAGAAAAAAACGAGUUUCAGUCAAAGCCAAAUUUGAAAAUGAUGCAAAGACGACAUACCACAGGCUGAAAUAAGAUUCAAACUGCUCCCCUCUGUCCAGCCUUUCAGAGUGUAGGAUGUGGUCUCCAUGAUUUCCAAAGAGUGUCAGAUUUUUGAUCACAGGACCCCUGAAGAUCAGGACCAUCCACUCCUGGUUUUGGUCCUUGUCCUUUUUGCACACAGAUUCCUUCAGAUUCUCUCAAUCUGAAAUUCACUCUCUCUUUUAUAAUUGACACUCAGGAACAUUAUUCUGAAACUGUUGAACUAUCAGCUCACGCGGUCUCUCACAGAGUGGUGAACCUCUUCCUAUCAGAGUUGAGUCUUAUUCUACUUGCCGUCUGUCUUCCAUCAGCCCAGAGAGGAAGCCAGCAGGACUCUGGAUCGGGGUCUGUGGUGUGUCAGUCUCCUUUAAACUACCUGGGUCGAUGUAGGAAAGGCUCCAUCCUCUCAUUCAGUGUGGCCUUCCAGAUCCUCCACACCGGACUCUUUGAGGUACCAAACAUCCUCAUCCUUGCUUUGUUUGCAGUGAAGUUUAAAAGAUCAUGGUAGAAGCUGAUAACUUCUCUCUCUUAGUUCACCUUUUCUUCUCAAUCCAAACUAACGACUUUAAACCUGAACCCAGCUGAGUCAGCACAUGAAGCUGAAACUGCAGUUCACCACUCCUCCUGUGGAGUCUCCGUCACCUCUGAAGAACCCUCCAUCAGCAUCCCAAUCUUCAUCACCCAGUGCUGCAGUCAGAGACCUGCAGCAGGGACAUAGUCUGGGACGGUCUCAGAGUUUCACCCACCAGCGUCCGGUCAGGUCUCAACACGUCAGGUAGGAGGAUCAGAGCAGUGCAUUCUCUGUCUUCUGUUAAAACCAGGACAAAGGAGUCCAAUGUAACUUGUUUUUGACUCGGUCUCUGCUGCUGGUCUCAAGGUCGGGCAGUGUGAUGGACCGCCGAGUCGUCACCCCUCCUGUGGGGUCUCCAGCAGGUCGGCCCCUCGCUCCUGAACACGCCCUUAUUUCUCUGGAGAAGAUCGCGAAGAGAGAGUGUAAAGUGUUGGUACUGGAGCCCGUCCAUCACCCACACUGUAGGUAAGAAUCAGCUUUAAUGUCUGCAUCACAUGACACAUUGACCUUAUCGGUCUAAAAUAGUUUAAAUUCAGAUAUACGGGAUUCAAAGCAAAGAUCCAGACCACAAUCAAUCCAGGCAUGAACUCUGCAUAUGAGACACACUUGGACCUGCAUCACCCUGGAGUAUGAUAUAAACUAGGGGUAAACCUGAGUUUAAAACCAGGGCCUGAUUGUUCAAAAGGUUUAAUCUGGAUCAGAGUAAUCCAGAUUCCAGAUCAAGUGCCCCCUUUUUCCAUCCUUGACUGUUUAAUCCAGAUUACUUUUGUCAUGAGUUUUUCACAGGAUCAACGUGAUCCAGACACAGACCUUUAAAGAUCAACAAAGCCAGAUCGCCAGAGCUCUAAAUGAGUCUACAAAGAUUUCCCACAGGAGGCGCCAAAGUCCUUAUAAUGACCUUACAUCAUCAUUAAGUUCAAUAUAUUUAAUGUUUGAUAUUAGAAAUUCUGUGUCUAACGUGGAAAGUCUUUAUUAUCUUAAUGUGUCUGUCAGUGUAAAGAUUCAACAGUUUAGCAGAAAUAGAAAUGACAAUAACAAUAAAGAAGUGUGAUUCAGCAAGACCAGUUUAACCCAGACUGAUUAAGCUUUUUGACUAGAUGAGGAAAAUCCUCAUAUCCUGAAUCAUAGUUAUCAAGGUGCUAAAAACACAAAGUGAAGGUUUGAUCUGAAUAACAAAAGACUGACUGAUCUGAUCAGAGUCUAUAUCUGCUUUUCAUUUUGAAACUGAUCAGUUCAGUCAGAUCACUUCAAUGUUUAACAACCAGGCCUUAAAUGUUAAACCUGAAACAGCCAAGAUAAGUAACUGUUGAAGAAGUUUAUCACAGAGUCUGGAGGAGUGUUUUGACUGCAGGAAAGAGGUUGCUUUUUAAAUCUUUCUUUCUUUCUUUCUUUCUUUCUUUCUUUCUUUCUUUCUUUCUUUCUUUCUUUCUUUCUUUCUUUCUUUCUUUCUUUCUUUCUUUCUUUCUUUCUUUCUUUCUUUCUUUCUUUCUUCCUAGCGUCCCAUCCAUGGCCUGAAAAAACGAAGAGCUGGAUGAAGAGAAAAGAGGAGAAGAGAGAGAAAAGAGAGAGGGAAAAGGAAGUGAAAGAGUAAUGGACUGCAGGGUAAGAAUGAGGAAAAACAAAAGUCAGCGUGAACAAGAAGAAGCUGUCAUUUCACUGGAUUAUCAAUCUGCUAGAUUAUUUUUAUUUCUAUUUUACUUACUGAUGAGAUUAUAAUUCUAUCAGAUUAUUGUUGUUCUAAUGGUUUACUGUCUCAUCAGUUCAUCAUUUCACAGGACUUUAACUCAGGGUAAAAAUAAUUAAUAAUCAUAAACCGGUUAUUAAUGUCACUGCAGCCUGUUUAUUAUUUGAUUAGCAUGAAGCUACAAAAUUAAAACAGGUCAGUUUAAUGUUCCAAUAUUUAUCAUCUGGACUUUACCAAAAAUAAUCACAAAAUUUAUCAUUCAAUCAUAAUAUUAAAAAACUGUUCCAUUUCCAUUAGUCAUCUUUUAAAUACUAAAUACUACAACAAUUUGUCAACCAAAAUUCUGUUAUUUCAAGAUUUCUAUCAUUUUUCAUUCCCUUUUAUAAUCCAUAAAUUGCACUUUUACAUUUCCAUAUGGUGGUUAGGAUGUAAGAUGGAAUUGUUUGGAAUUGUUAUGAUGAAUACAGAUCCAAGGUAUUUAUUUUAGCAAAAAAGUAUCAUUACACGGGCCCUUGCAUAAUUUAACAUUUCAACCAUUGAUACAAAAGGUGAUCUGUCAGAUUAUGUGGUUCUCAUUUUUUAACAUUCCAGUUGUACAACAUUCCAUAAUUUAAUGCUGAAAAAAAUUCAACUCUCUAGUUAGUUAAUAUUCCAAAAAUUCAACACUCCAGUUGUUAAAUGUUCCAAUAAUUCAGUAUUUUAAUCUGUUAACAUUCUGUAAUGAAACAUUCCGAUAAUUUAAUGUAUCUGAUUAAUUUGUCACCAAUUUCUACUCAUUUUCACUGUCUGGACUGUAUUUUGACUCGUUAGUCAUCCUGCUGGUUUCUUAAUUCUCAGGAUAAUAUUCAAGUUUUCAGUUAAAUUCACUGAGUCAUUCAUUUACUGGUUCAUCAUUUCAGUCAUUCAUCAUUUCACUGCUUUAGUAAUUCACUUAAUUGAGGAGUCUUGAGAUUUUUAUUUUCGUGAUUUAUCAUUUAAUUUUUUUUGUUUUUGGUUUAUCAUUUCAUGUUAUUAUCUCUUCAUUAGUUUAAAUGGUCAGUCAUUUCACUGGAUUACUAUUUUGCUGUUUCAUAAUUUGACUUGUUUAUCAUGUUUGAGGGUCAUAAUCCUGUUGAAUCUUAUUGUGCUGGUCUGUCAUUUCACUGUUUCAUAUAUUUUUCUUUGGAUUAUCAUGUUUUUAUUUCUCUGGAUUAUCAUGUUAUUAUUUUGCUGGAUUAUCAGUUCACUGUUCCAAAUGUUUCUCAGUUUGAUAUUUCGCUGGAUUUAUCGUCUCUUAUCAUUAUCAUUUUUAUUUUAUUUCUUUCAAGGGUUUAUUUUCUUUUAUUGAAGCUCUGUAUUUUAUUUUAAUUCCUGCUGGUUAUUUCUUUGCUAUUUAUAGUUCUUAGAAGUUAUUGUCAAGAUUAUAAAGAAGGUUUUGCUGGCUGCUUUUUGCUUUCAUGGCAGCUCUUGUUCUUUUUGGGACAGAAUCAGGAAGAUAAUCCAUUUCUUCAAUCAUGUUUCAAUGUUAUCGGUAAUAUGCUGAGUUAUUCUUUAAAUACGAGGACAUGUUUGUUACUCCCGUAUGAUUUUAAGCUAAAACAGAAAUCCUGCCACAUGGACCAGCUCAGCUUUCAUCGUACUCCACUUUAACUUUUAUUUUGAAAGUACCAAGCCUUGAUGCUAAACUGGAUUUACUGGAUUUACUGUGAUUUUGAGAUAUUUGAAGCUAUUUUGGGUUUACACUGGAUUUAAGAUAAACCUCUUUUUAGGCUUGAGAUGGUUUACAGUUUUUUACAUUUGUCAGGAAAGAGUUUACUUUCUUUGUCCUUUUAAAACUACUGAGUUAUUUAAAUCCAUGUGUCCACUUUGAAGGCUGACAUUUGCUGACAUGUUUUAAUUUAUUUUCAAUGUUUGGUUAUAAACUUUUAUUCUUUUCAGAGUCUUAAAUUUCCUGAAAAAAAGCACUCCGUGGUCUGACAGAGCAGCAGAGUAACAGGUUUGACAAAGAAUGUUGUCCUCUCCAACAGUAGAUCAGAGUCUUAUGGAGUCCUGCAAUUUUUAUUGUACAGACCAGAAUCAAAGCUAAACCACCGUGCCUAAUAUAGACCUGAUUUAAAUCCUUUUUUAAUUUCUUCUUCCUGCAGAAAAUGUCCAAAAAAGUUUGAUUUUAAAACCCUCUGACAGAGAGUGAAGUUUAUCAGUGAUGCUGCACAGUCAGACAAUUUACUGCAAAAAUUCCAAAAUGAGAAAGUGUUUUUGUUGUAUUUCCAUUUUCCAAAAAAAAUAAAACAUUUGUGAGGCUUAAAAAGAAAGAAAAAGGAAAAAAAAAAGACUUUGGAAGUUUCUGGUAAGAACAUGUAUUUUUUCAAAAACUUGAUGGGUAAUUUUUCUUAUUCUAUUGGCAGAUUUAUUUAUUUGUCACCUCUUUAUAGGAAGUCUCUUGAAGCACAAAUAUGUUUAUUAAGCAGGAAAUGUUUAUGAUACUGAAGUUCACUUUCUGAAACCGACACCUUACUGUGAGAGAGAAAUGUUUCGUCUUCUACCUCUCAGUGAAGACAAAAGUUUAGCGCUGAUCUCAGCUGCUGUCCAGACAUCCUGAAUGUGCCUUCUCUUGAAUUCUGUCGUAUUGAAGCUCCUCUGAAUGGCUCAGAGUCUGUUUGAGUGGAGAAAUGAGGUUUGUUGAACCUCUCCUGCUGUGAGAAAUCUCCUGGUUUCUGUCUACUUGAAUGAAAAAUAAAGUGUUGGCUGAAACCUUCUUGUUCUUCUGGAUUUAAUUGAUCUGUUAUUGGAAAUCAGCAGCAGACAUUUACACUCUGCUUAUUUCAGAGAUGGAGGUUCAGUCAGGUUUGGGAGAACUGAAGAAACUUUCCACAGAACAUGUUUAAUAGCUCAAACAGAUGAAGAAGGUCUAAAAUAUCAAUACAAACUGAAAUAAUCUUCAGCUCUUCAUCUUUUAAAAGCUGCUAUCUCAGUUUGAACACUACAUUAUUGAAGAGUUUAACUCUUGGCUUUCUUGUCUUGGGGUAAACUACUGUGGUCCAGAAGGUCGACUAUGCAAACAUUUUAAAUUCACUCCAAAAACAUUUAAAAGAAAAAAAAAGUCAGCAAUCCUAAAAGUAUUUUACCAUGCACAAAAACACUUGAACAAAGUUUUGUCAGAUUUUGAUUUUCACUGUUGUUCGAAUCUGCCAGUUUCCUGUAAAAUUUUCUUUUAUUUAUUUUUUGGUGUUUUAUUAGUUUUUUUCAGGGUCAGUGUAAUAUGCUUCACUUCAAUAAGUUUGGUCAUGAAAUAUUUAUACAUUUGACCUUCAGGGCCAGCCUAUAAACUAGCAUCUCCAUAAAAUGAUAAAAAGUAAACUCUUUUCAUUGGGAAAACAAAAAACAAAAAAACUUUGGUCUCCAGAUGUUCAGGUAAAUGGGUCACUUUUGUCCUAAAAACAUUGAGUUUUUUCUCAGCAGCCAAAUCUGAAGUCCCCCAAACUGCAGUUCAUUUAGUGUCCACUAGAGGCUGUUCCCAAGGUGAGUCAGUCCCCACGUUAAACGUGUAAUUCAUCCAUAUCUAGUCAGUUAUUAGCAGAAUCCGAUUUAUGGAGAAACGCUUCAGUUAAUGGACUGUUUAGCUUAUUGGUAAAUUAGCUGAUCAAACAGAACACACUUUUUAUUUUUAAAUAAUCUGAGAAAAUCAGUGUGUGAGGGAGCUGGACAACAUCCCCCUCACUGAGGUAGAAAAAUCAUACACAGAUGCAUUUUGACUUAUAAGAUCAACUUCGUCUAAUGCAGGAAGGUGUUUUUUUGUUUUGGUGUCAUGUUCAUGGAACUUCCUACGAAUCCCUCUCUCUCUCUGAGUUCUUUUUCCAGGAGGCGUGUUUUCAUGGAGAACACACAUGAAGAUGCAGCCACAGGACUCUAGUAGCCGUUUAAGGCUGAGUUGGGGCGACGGAGACGGAGGAGAGAGGUCAGAGGGGACAUUUUGUCAGGUUUGACUUGUUUCGGUUUCCUCAGUUUAUUAGAUAUUUGUUUUCAGCUGCAUUCGUAUAUAAGUCCAAUAAGUUAUGUGUAUUUCUUGUAAAUAUUGUUUAUUGUAAUUAUGUUUUAAAGUAAAGGUUAUCAUGAUAUCACUGGUGAGGGAGGAGACUCGAGGGUAGAGACCAGGUGAGAUUGGUCAGUGAGUGUGGGAGAGGGGGGAGGAGCAGGUUAUGACUCUUCUGCUGGCCUGCUGCUGUAAUUAAUGGGGAUCAGCUACACCUGCUGCAAUCAAGGGUAAUCAGCUACACCUGCUGCAAUUAAGGGGGGAUCAGCUACACCUGGUGAGUGUGGCUGGCUACCAGGAGUUUUUCUUGCUUCAUGUGGUUGAGACUCAGUAGUUUUUUUUUUGUGUGAAGUGUCAGUAAAAAGAAACCAGCCAGCGCUCUGGAACCUAUUGUCUCGUGCUCUUUAUCCUGCCAUCCUACUCCACACCGUUUCUGCCCUGUUUGUCCUGUUUGUAGAGGAGAACUAAGAUCUAAAACUUUACAAAGUGAAACAGAUUGAUGAAAGAAUUUUUUUUAACAGAAAUUAAAAAAAACUUUAAUAAAACUAAUAGCCUGUCUAAACUGUGAUGUGUGCUGAGUGAACUUAUGAGCAUGAAUAAAUAGAGAAAAUGUUUUUUUUAUUUCUUUUAAAGACAGUGAAACAGGUUGACAGCUAAAUAUCAUCUGUGGUUGCUUUUUAAAAAAAUAUUUGUUUUUUUUUUUCAUAUAAGUUUGGCCACUCAAUACUCUAUCUGUUAAAGUACUCUGUUUUUACAAGUGUUUGUUAACUCCUCCCUUCUCCAAAGCCCCACCCUCUUCAUCCAAAUAUGGUCACGUCUCGGCCGGUUACCAAAACUCAAUAGACUGAAAAGAUGCCAGACUAAAGGCUUUGGACAGAUUUCUCUAGCUACUGUGUUCAUGUAAAUGUUCAGUCUGUUAUUAUGAUUUUUCAUAUAUUUUUGUGAUUUCGCCACUCAUUACAGUUUAGAAAGAAAAAGUCAAUAAACAAACUCUUCAAAGUGAAACUGAUUCAUCCUGUUAAUCUGAAAUAUUUGUAAAAAAAAACAAAAAACCUGUGACUUUAAGGAAUUCAAGACAGACUCUGAAACUUUCUUUAAAGCAUUUAAUUAAUAAAUACACAAACACUUUGGGCUCACACACCCAGAUCUGUCUUUAGAUUAAAGGUUCAUAAGUGACUAAAAUUACAUCCAAAAGCAUAAGUUAAGAAGGCAGAACAAAAACAACAAUAUUCACAAUCUCAUAAAAACUACAGUCUUCAUUUCUCACACACGUUUGGUUUCUUUAGAGGUCGGGUGUUCAUGAGAUCCUCUCUCAGAGCUGAUCUUCUCACAUGUUGGUGAUCUUCUCUUUAUUUUCAGCAUCCAUGUUUUUGUAAGGAACACCUGAAACACACAGACAAAGAUUAAACACACGCAUAAACACACAAAUGGAAAGAAAAAAAUCCAUCUUGAAGAAAACUGAUGAGGCUUGAACUUCUGCAGGGUUACGCAGUCAUAAAAAUACAAGUAUCAUCACCUUUAUAUUGAACUUCACCUGUUAAAAUGACUUUAAUAACUCCACAGUCUCACCAUGAUGUUACUCUGUGAUUAAACUUUCAAAGGAGCUCAAUAAAGUGAUCACUUAUUCAUCUGUUCAGCCUCCUUCAUCACUAACAGAGCAGAAUUUUAAUAUCCCUUCCACCCUUUUAUUGGUACAAAAAAAAACUUCUUACUGGAGGAUGAUUUCAUGCUGAUGUUUUUCAGCUCCUUCUUAUUCUUCUUCCUGCAGAGACACACACUGAGGUCAAAAACUAAAGUGACAACCCUUUUCUGCUGCAUGCAAAUAAAAGAGAGAGAGAGAGGAAAAGAGACCAAGAUCCAAAACCAUCCCUCCACCUUAGAGCGCUGAUCCCACAGAUUCCCAAUUAACAUCAAACCACUGAUCCCACAGUCCCCGAGGCCAAGAGUUUGUCAUUUUCUCUCACCUAUUGUGAUCUGACUGCUGAAUAACAUAAGAAUUUGACCUGCAAUGAAAUGAGAUUUUUUUUUUAAUGAUCGAUCACAUCCCUGUUUGACCCGGUCCUUCCUCCUCCUCAUGGUGUGUUCAGACCAAAUACAAAGCAAACCUCUGCAGACACCCAGUUUGACCACUUGUUAGGUAGGACAAUACACUGACUACCUUAUCUACUUCAGCUGUGGACUGUCUGCCAGUCUGUCCAUAAUAAGUGUAGUCUUAGUGUCCCUGUAACAUUGUCUCAGUUUUACAGUUUCUCAUAAUUCACAGUCAAGUCAGUCUGUCAAACACAGCUAUAACUGUGACUGGAUCAAAUCAGGCUUAGAGGACACUGAGCUAACUACAUGUUUCAGAUUUGUUCAAAGUAAAAAUUCUGUAUUUGUCAGGUCUGCCUGUAGAUGACUCUAGUUUUUGAUUUGACCUUUUCUGAUUCAGCUAUUUCAGCAUUAAAAUACUUAUGCAUCAUAAAAUCCUCUCAGGAGAACAUUUUUUGUAAAUAUAUUACUCACCAGGCCUUUGCUUUACAAAAUUAACAAACUGGGGGUGGGCAGUAUGAAAGGAUCCUGUUUUUUCCCACUGGGGAUGUCCAACCCCACUCCUAAUGUGAGCCGCAGAGCUCAUUAUCAUCCUGUUUGCUUAAAAACUGCAGGCUUUGAUUCCUAUUUUCUCAUAUUUUUUUUCUCAUUUUUCUCACAUUUUUCUCUCAUAUUUUGCUUGACUCUUUGCCCUUUUUCAGGUACAGUUUCUAUGAUAUCUUGCAGCUUUCAUUCCCAUCGCCUAAUAGUCCUGACUAUUCGCAUAAACUUUUCUGAAACUAGGGUAGUGCCAGAGUCUGCUUCAUCCCUGUUCUGAACACACCUUUAGGUCGGGAAUGUCGAUCAGGAUUUUGUGCAAAUGUCACUCAGCAGUCAUGAAGGGAACACAAAAACACACCAAAGCACACCUUACUGCACACAGAUACUUGGAUGUUUCUGCAUUACAGAUUAGAACUCACUUAGAUUUUUUCUUGCAGACACAGACGGUUGUUACGAUGAUGAUGAUAACGGCGACAAUGACCAGCACAACAAUAAGGAUGAUCCACUUUGUUUCUGUUGAGAGUGAAAAAUGAAAGAGGAGUCAGAGUCUCUGUUGAAACCUAGAGUCCAUUCCAUCUUGAGAGAUGUAAAAGUUUUAAUCCAAUCUUCUUUGGCUCCCUGCAGAGCAAAAGAGAAAGAUUCAGAGUCUCACCGAGUCCUUCAUCAGUUGGGGUGAUCUCCACCUCACAGGUAGGGCCCUCAAAGCCCUCAGGACACUUGCAGGUGAAGGUGUUGUUGUUGCCCACCUCGCAGGUUCCUCCGUUCUGACAUGGGGAACUGAGGCAGGGACUCUCUGCAGCACAAAACGACAACCAUCAGAAACCUACCUCUUUGGUUCACUCCAUAUUAUCUGCUACUUUUAAGUCAAACCACAUGCACUACAUCCUGUUUAUUAUAACUUGGACCUGUGAAGAAGUUCUCCUCUUAGUUUUACACCAAAUUAGAUAGAGUACUCAGAAAGAAACACUCUAACCAGGAAGUUGACGGUGUUUAACAAGUCGUCGUAGUUGUCAUUUUUAGAGAGGGGCAGACUGAGAUGAAU